AUGUUACGUGAGCGCCUCUCUGUGCAUUUGCGAAAGUUAGAAUCGAAAGUGAGAAAGAACGUGGUACACAUUGUCAACGUGCAACUGUCAAAACCCUCGGCCCUGUGUAUGGCUAGCGAUGAUGUGCUAUUGGUAGCCGAUGAUGGGCUACGAGUCAUACAUCAAGUUUCGCUCGAAAGAGAUAUUGUAACAAUCAGGGGCAAGUCAAUGAGAACACUUUCAAAUUACCCUACACAUAUCGAAAGUGUGGAAUCCAUGACAAUCUUGGAAUCAAACGUAUACUUUGCAGGAUCAAAGAACGACAAAUGUCAAGGAGGUCUAUAUUCUGUUAGCAUGGAAACCACCCUGAUGGAAUGUGCUAUCCAGAAUGGUGAUCAAAGUUGCAAGGAGAUCAAGAGGGUAUCCAAAUUUAAUGAGCUGCUAGUCUUCACAGACAUCGGGGCUCGUGAUGUGAAGUCAUUUAACCCGCACACCAACGAAGUUGUACAUCUUGCUGGCGACGGAUGUGAUACACAGAAUGAUGGCACUGGACGAUGCUGUAGUUUUAUACAAGCUCAUGGUAUUUGUUGCAUUUCGAACACUAUAUUUGUCACAGACGCAGCAGCAGGAAAAGUAAAACUAGUAGUUAGCAUGAGUGGAACUUUGUCCUUUCUUUAUCAUUUGGGGCUUAUUUAUGACAGUUUUGGAAUUACGUGUAAAGAAAGCACUCCUGCGCAAAUGACUCCAGAAUUGGUGGUGUCGAAUGUACGCAAAGUACACCAAUACGUUCAAUCGACUUUGCGCAAAGUCAAGGAAAGUGAUCAACUAAAGGAAGAUGCGUCGACAAAUGGUCCUCAAGGAACUGUUUCCAAAAAAACGCACACCUCAAUUGAGCUUUUGUUGAAAGGUAUGACCAAUCUUAUGAUAAAUCUCGAAAAGUAA